AUGGCCUCUUCAUCCCUGCCGCCCGCCUACCUGGCCGGGCCGUUCCCAUCGGGCAAGGCCCUCACAGAGAACCUCGCCGCGGCCACAAGGCCUCCAUCGCCCUCGCACGCUGGCAAGCCGUCCCUCCCCACCCACCUCUACUCUGACCUACCCCCGCACCUGCUCCAGCCAGACGGCACGCCCGACUACCUCCGCCUCAUCCUCAGCGCAGAUGUCUACGACCUGGUCAAGCAGACGCCGCUCCAGCCGGGCGUCAACCUCUCGGCAAAGACGGGCUGCGAGAUCCUCCUCAAGCGCGAGGACCUACAGCCCGUAUUCAGCUUCAAGCUGCGCGGCGCCUUCAACAUGAUGCGACAGCUCGACGACGAACAAAAGUGGAAGGGCGUCAUCGCCUGCAGCGCCGGCAACCACGCACAGGGCGUCGCCAUGGCCGGCGCCCAUCUCCACAUCCCCUGCACCAUCGUCAUGCCCCAGGGCACACCCUCGAUCAAGACCCAGAACGUCAAGCGCCUCGGCGCAAAAGUCGUCCUCCACGGGCAGGACUUUGACGAGGCCAAGGCAGAGUGCACCCGCCUCGCCGAGGCCCACGGCCUCAAAAUCAUCCCGCCCUUUGACCACCCCAAGGUCAUUGCCGGCCAGGGCACCAUCGGCGUCGAGAUCUGCAGGCAGACCGACAUGAACAAGGUCGACGCCAUCUUCUGCUGCGUCGGCGGAGGCGGCCUGCUGGCGGGCGUCGCCGCCUACAUCAAGCGCAUCGCCCCGCCCCACGUCAAGGUGAUUGGCGUCGAGACCUACGACGGCGACGCCCUCGCCCAAUCGCUCGAAAAGGGCCACCGCGUCACGCUCGACGAGGUCGGCCUAUUUAGCGACGGGACGGCGGUGCGCGUCGUGGGCGAGGAGUGCUUCCGCAUCUGCCAGCAAGAGGUCGACGGCGUCGUCCGCGUCUCCAACGACGAGAUCUGCGCCGCCAUCAAGGACAUCUUCGAAGACACACGAUCGGUGCCCGAACCCGCGGGCGCCCUCGCCGUAGCCGGAAUGAAGCGCUACAUUGCCACCCACGGCCUGGCCAACUCGGGCAAAAAGUUUGUCGGCAUGGUGUCGGGCGCCAACAUGAACUUUGGCCGCCUGCGCUUCGUCGCCGAGCGCGCCGAGCUGGGAGAGAAGAAGGAGGUGCUCCUCUCGGUCGAGAUCCCAGAGGAGCCGGGGAGCUUCCUGCGCCUCCACAGCCACCUGCACCCGCGCAACGUCACCGAGUUCAGCUACCGGUACAAUGCCGGCGCGAGGGCGCACAUCUACCUGUCAUUCAUGCUCAGUGGGACGCCUCCCGCAGCAUCCGCCGCGGCGGCGGCACAGGCGGGGCAGCAGACGGCCUCGCUGCCCGUGCCCGCGGCCGUGACGAAGAGCACGACGGCGGCGCAGGCGGCCGCCGAGGAUCCGGCGCAGGUGUCGGACAGCCUGGCCGAUGCAUCGUCGUCGGAGCUCGCGGGCAUCCUCCGGACGCUCGAGCAGGACGGCAUGCGCGCCCUCGACAUCAGCGGCGACGAGAUGGCAAAGAGCCACGCGCGGUACCUGGUGGGCGGGAGAGAGAAUGUCGAAAACGAGCGCGUGGUCCGCUUCGAGUUUCCGGAACGGCCGGGAGCGUUGCGCAAGUUCCUCGUGGGCCUGCACAAGGGUUGGAACAUCACCCUCUUCCACUACCGCAACCACGGCUCCGACGUGGGCAAGGUGCUCACGGGCAUCCAGGUGCCGCCAAACGAGGACGCGGCGUUCCAAAAGUACCUCGUCGACCUGGGAUACCAGUACCACGAGGAGACGCACAACCCCGUCUACAAAAAGUACCUUCGCGGCGACAGCUGA